AUGGUUGCUCCAUCACCUAGUAAGCGUUUCUUGUUAUACAUAGCCAAUACGGAGCAGUCAUUGGGGGCUUUGCUAGCCCAGGAGCAGGGAGGUAUGGAGAAGCAAGUAUACUAUAUUAGCAAACUUAUGAUGAGACCAGAGCUGAGCUUACCAAUGAACCAGAAUAUUGUUUAUGCAGGGAAAAGUCAUAUCUCAUCACUGACAAUUGUUGCCAUUGUUGCUCCCAUAAUAGUCUCAGUGGUGCUAUUCUUUAUGGGCUACUGCUUCCUUAUAAGAAGGAAAGCAAGCAAAACUAUACAGGAAGAAAAUGCUGCUAAUGAAAUUUCGAUUGUAGAGUCCUUGCAAUUUGAUUUUGCUACCAUUGAAGCUGCCACCAAUAAGUUCUCAGAUGAUAAAAAACUAGGUGAAGGUGGAUUUGGUCAGGUUUACAAGGGCAUACUUGCAAAUAGACAAGAGAUAGCUGUAAAGAGGUUAUCACGAAGCUCUAGACAAGGUGCAGGAGAAUUUAAAAAUGAGGUUGUAUUGGUAGCCAAGCUUCAACACAGAAAUCUUGUACGGCAUUUGGGAUUUUGUUUGGAAGGAGAAGAAAAGAUACUUGUCUACGAAUUUGUGCCCAACAAAAGCCUUGACUACUUUCUAUAUGAACCUGAAAGGCAUGGAAAACUAGAUUGGUCAAAACGUUACAAGAUUAUUGGUGGGAUUGCUCGAGGAAUGCUUUAUCUUCAUGAAGAUUCACGACUUAAAAUUAUACAUCAUGAUCUUAAAGCUAGUAAUGUUUUAUUAGACGAGAACAUGAAUCCAAAGAUUUCAGAUUUUGGAAUGGCAAAGAUUUUUGCUGUUGACCAAACGCAGGCAAACACUAGUAGGGUUGCUGGUACAUAUGGUUAUAUGUCUCCAGAAUAUGUUAUGUAUGGACAAUUCUCGGCGAAAUCUGAUGUGUAUAGCUUUGGUAUAUUAAUUUUAGUGAUUUUAAGUGGCAAGAAAAUCAAUUCUUUUUAUCAAUCAGAUGGUCCACCAGACCUUUUGAGCUUUGCUUGGAAACAUUGCGAGGACGGAACACUACUGGAAUUUUUGGAUCCAACUUUGGGAGGUUCUUACUCGAGAAAUGAAGUGAUUAGAUGUCUUCAAAUUGGCUUAUUAUGUGUACAAGAAAAUCCAGCUGACAGGCCCACAAUGGCUUCAAUAGUCCUCAUGCUAAACAGUUACUCUAUUACUCUGCCAUCACCUCAAAAUCCAGCAUAUCUCCGAACAGAGCGAAACAUGCCAUUGUCUAUCAAUGAGGCAUCCAUUACUGAAGUAUACACUCGAUAA